AUGGUCCAUGCAGCCAGGCCGACCAGGUUGCAUGAACCCCAACAAAAGCCCCCGUCCCUGGAGAUCCCCGAUUCGGGCCCACGUCCCGCCGCCGCCACCGCCGUCCUUGCAGCCAUGCCGACCAGGGAGCCUGAACUCCAACAAAAGACCCCCCUGGGGAUCCGAGAACAAGGCCCGCACUCCGUCGCCGCCACCUCCGUCCCCCCAGGCCAACAAGGGAGCCUUCACCGAAACAAAAGCCCCGCCCCCAGGACCCAGACCUGGGCCCCCCCACCGCCUCAGCUGCCGCCCAAGCAGCAGGCCGACCAGAGAGCCUUCAACCCAACAAAAGCCCCAACGGGGACCCGAGACCCGGGCCCGCCACCGCCACCGCCGCCACCGCCGUCCAAGCAGCCAGCCCAACCAGGGAGCCUUCACCGAAAUAAAUGCCCCGCCCCCGAGACCGGAGACCGAGGCACUCCCACCACCGCCGUCUUCUUCGUCCAAA